AUGGCCGCCGCGUCGUGGCGCGGCUCAGCGGUGGCCGUCCUUUGUGCACUCGCCGCGCUCCAUGCAGUGGUCGCGGUAGUGCUGUGCGACGCCGCGGCGGCGGCGGCGACGUGCGCCGGCGUGGCCCCGGCCAAGCACCGGCCGGAGGUGAUAUCCAUCACCGACUUCGGCGGCGUGGGCGACGGGCGGACGCUCAACACGUGGGCGUUCCGCAAGGCCGUGUACCGCAUCCAGCACCAGCGCCGGCGCGGCGGCACGACGCUGCACGUCCCCGCGGGCACCUGGCUCACCGGCAGCUUCAACCUCACCAGUCACAUGACGCUCUUCCUCGCCAAAGGCGCCGUGCUCAAGGCCACCCAGGACACGAGGAGGUGGCCGCUGAUGGAGCCGCUGCCGUCGUACGGCCGGGGCAGGGAGCUGCCGGGGCCGAGGUACGCCAGCUUCAUCCACGGCAACGGCCUCCGCGACGUCGUCAUUACAGGUGACAAGGGAGUCAUCGACGGGCAAGGUGAGGUGUGGUGGAACAUGUGGAGGCGGAGGACUCUUGAGCACACAAGGCCAAACCUUGUGGAGUUCAUGCAUUCCACCGGCAUUCACAUCUCCAACGUCGUUCUCAAGAACUCACCGUUCUGGAACAUCCAUCCUGUUUACUGCGACAAUGUGGUUGUAACCAACAUGAUGAUCUUGGCGCCACAUGACUCCCCAAACACAGACGGAAUCGAUCCAGACUCUAGCUCCAACGUGUGCAUCGAGGACUCGUACAUAUCCACCGGCGACGACCUGGUGGCGAUCAAGAGCGGGUGGGACGAGUACGGGAUCGCGUACGGACGCCCGAGCUCGGGCAUCACGAUCCGGCGCGUGCGGGGCUCGUCCCCGUUCAGCGGCAUCGCCAUCGGCAGCGAGGCCUCCGGCGGGGUGCGCGACGUCCUGGUGGAGGACUGCAGCAUCUUCGACAGCGGCUACGGCAUCCACAUCAAGACCAACGUCGGCCGCGGAGGCUACAUCCGGAACGUCACCGUCGACAACGUGCGCAUGAGCGGCGUGCGCGACGGGGUCCGCAUCGCCGGCGACGUCGGCGACCACCCCGACGCGCACUUCAGCCAGCUCGCCGUGCCGCUGGUGGACGCCGUGCGCAUCAGGAACGUGUGGGGCGUCAACGUCCAGCACCCGGGGUCCCUGGAGGGCAUCAGGAGCUCGCCAUUUACGCGGAUCUGCCUCUCCAAUGUGAAGCUCUUCGGGUGGCGGAACGACGCGGCCUGGAGGUGCAGGGACGUGCGCGGCGCCGCGCUCGGGGUGCAGCCGUCACCCUGCGCCGAGCUCGCCACCAGCUUCGCGUCCGCGGGCUCGUCAUGCAGCUAA